ACCCCUGAAAGGGCAGUGAACUGGCUAGAUUGUGUCAUUUCCCGAGACGAGCGGGAGAUUCAAAACACAACCAGAGUCUGGUGCAUAUCCUGGGAUACAAUUGUGCAUUCUCUAGGGCAGUCAAAAUCUGCGAAAUUAACUUCGCUUCAAAAGGGUUUCCUGUCGCAAUGACUGACUGGAGGAAUACAGACGAACAACAGGCUCGUGAUGUGUAUGAGCGUGAGGUUCGUGUAAGGGACGCGGCGUACAGACUCCUGCAGCUCUGUACCCACAAAGAGCAGAAACUGGAGGCCACCAAGAACAUCCUUACCUCCAGUGCCAGAAUACACACACACCGCACCUACAGGCCCCGAACCCCAGAGCGGCCAGGCUGCAGAGGAAGAGUCGCCCUCUCAGGUCUGCGAAUUCCACUCAUGUGGAGAGACUCUGAUCAUUUCAACAACAAAGGAAGUUCGCGAUCCGUCGCUGUGUUCAGUUUGAUGAUUCUGGGUCGCCAUGUUCUGGACUCUGAGAUGCAGGUGGUGGACCGGAACAUGACGGACAUCUGCUUCAAUGGACAGAGUGUGUUUGAGGAGGUGGAGUCGGACUUCGACUUGAGGCUAGAGCUCUACAGCUGUUCCAUGGGGGAGGCUCCACCCCUCACUGCCACGCCCAGGAAACUGGCCAAUAAGCUUCGCUCAUCUCUGGGGAAGGCUGCAGGAAGGAAACUUCAACCAGAGCCCGACUCUAUGCAGGAUGACUUCCUAGAGACACACCCCCUGCCAACGGGCGUGUCCUUUUCUUUGUUGGCGUUUACCUCAUUGGGCCUGGAGCAGGUUGGGCGAGACUUCCUGUCUCACUCACUCAACGUCACGCAGACUGCGGAGUCGUCGUCAUGGUUACCCCUGUACGGGAGUGUGUGCUGUCGCCUGCUCGCUCAGCCCGACUGUGUGAGACUACCAGCACACAGCGGGACCCUCUGCCAGCAGGUGUGUGUGGAGGGAGUGUUUCGGUCCUGCAGUCUGCACUGUGAGCUGCAGGGGGCGACGCUGAGCUGCUGGUUCAGCCCUGAAGAGGUCCAAGCCAAGCUGGCCCCAUUCCUCACGCUGCCCAUCACUAUGGACACGUGUGUGAGAAUCCUGAGGGACCAGCAUGGCUCCGCCUCCAUGACCAUCAGCACUCCUGGCUCCGCCUCCAGCAGUCAUGUGUUCCGAGGCCCUGCCCCUGACCUGCAUGACUGGGCUGCUGUACUCUCCCAACACACACACGACCUGCGUUCCUGGAAGCAGUGCUGUGAUGAGCUCAUGCAGAUCGAGCUUUUGUCUCCCCGAAAACCACCGCUCUUCCAAGCAAAACAGCCAGAAACUGUUUACAGUGAACUAAGCAUCAACUCUCCUGGCAAGUUUGAGAGUGUGACCGACAUCAUCCACAACAAGAUCGAGGACACUGGAGGCCGCUUUCUGAUUGGUCAGGAGGAGCAACUGGAGCCUCCUAAUUGGUCAGCUAUGUUUGAGGGCUCCCGCCCCCUGGUGGUGCAGAAGGUGGUGAUGUCUCCAGGGGAGGAGCCCCACCAAUCCUGCUUCAGUCCAGUCGCUCGGGGAAACAAGAAACGCAAAGCCCCGCCUCCCCCUCAGGACAAACUGCCGUAUGCACCGCCCACUCCGACAGUGUCAUCCCAGCCGUCCAAUCAGGAGAAGAGGAGGGUGUUAAAGCCACAGGAGAACCUCUCUACAGAUACAUCGUCCAAUCUGGAGAAGAGGAAGGAGUUAAAGGCGGUUCCUCGGUCAGGACGGCGGUCUCUUGACAGCAAGUUCUCCUCCGUCAUACAACAGCUGCAGAAAAAAGCUUCCUCCAACCAAAGCGCUCUACAGACAACUGCCUCAACCAAUAGGAACCCUCCACUGAGCCUACAGCAGCCACCAGUCCCUGCCCCCCGGCACAAACUGAGGAAGUCGUUCAGGCAGAUCAUGAACCCUAAAGCCUUCUGAGCCUUUUGAACCUAACCCUGACCCUGCAUCUCAGCACCCUAAACCCCAACCCUGACCCUGCAUCUCAGCCCCCUAAACCCCAACCCAUUUGAACUAGUCAGCACCCUAAACCCCAACCCAUUUGAACCAGUCUUAUCUCCAAUAUACUUAUAACCAAUCAGCUACUGUAGUUAUCUUAAACAAUAUCCCAUCAGUUACUAUAGUUACCUUUGCUCUAAUCCUAACCCCUCAUCUGUAGUAUCUACUCAUUAUCAGUGACAUUUACUCUAAUCCUAACCCAUUAUCUGUAGUAUCUAAUCGUUGUCUGCCACUUUUAAUGAAGUCAGGCAUCAGGGGUGUUGAUGUUGGUAUUAAUCUAUGUUUUGAGAGUUUUGGAUUUUGAAUGGUUUAAUUAAUAUGAUAAUAUUGUUAAGCAAGUCCUUCAGAUGUCACUACCAUGUUGUGAUAUAAAAUGAUUUAUGUGAUUGGUUGCCUUUAAUGAUACGCAGCCCUUUUUUUGUGUAUUUUAUUACAAACAUGUCACUGCUGCUAAAGAUCAGAUCUAUAAAUGGACAGUUUUGUCAUGUUGCACCCAAAGCUGAUAGUGCUCUUAGAGCAGUGGUGGGCAAACUUUUUGGCUCAAGGGCCACAUUGGGUUUUCAAAAAUUGGCUGGCGGGCCGCACAACU